AUGUCGGGACAGAAGCGCCCUGCUGAUCCCAGCGGCCUCUGUUCAUCUGGUGCUCCCCCAGAGAAGCGGAGGGAGCGGGAGGGAGAAGAUGGAGGUGCCGGUGUGAGCGCCGGAGCUGGAGGGAGCACCGCGGUGGAGACGGUCAUCAAACUCGGAGGAGUGUCCAACUCUGAGGAACAAGACAUCAAAGCUCUCCAAGCUAAGAACCGAAAGCUGGGAGAAUCUCUUGAUCAAAGACAGGUGAUUGAGGAUGAGCUGCGAGAGCGUAUUGAGAGACUGGAGACCCGGCAGGCCACCGAUGAUGCCAGUUUGCUGAUCCUCAACAGAUAUUGGAACCAGUUUGAUGAAAACAUCAGACUCCUUAUCAGGCGCUAUGAUCAAUCAAGCAGCGAACCAGAGAAAUCCCCAACAGGUGAGGGACGGAGCCUGAAGCCAGAAACUCCAGAACCUGAUGGAGACUCAAACCAGGAGCGGGCCAAAGACAGGGGACAUCAAGGCGAGACCUCUAACUCCUUUUUGGCCACGUUGGCAAGCAGCACCAGUGAGGAGAUGGAGGCUGAGCUCCAGGAGAGGGUGGAAUCUAGUCAGAAGCAGGCCAGUCGUGUGGUGGAGAUCUACAAGAACCUGAAGAGCAUGUUGGACCAACUGAAAGAAGAGCUUGACUCUGGUUCUGAGGGAGGGCUGAAACAGGUGGCAACAAAGCUGUACUCCCUCCUAAGCAGGGAGAAUGAGGUGCUUCAACAGCUGACCGAGGACCUCAAACAAAAACACUGUCACAUGACCAACGAGUCCCGGUCUUUGGGGCGGGCAGCCAACAAAGCGGACCAGCGGGUCAGCGAGCUGCAGGCUCGGAUUGAGGAACUUCAGUGGGAUAUGGAGAAGAUCCGCCGUCGAGAAAACAGGCUAAAUGCCCACCUGAGCGAAAUAUUGGAAAGAGUUAACAGCAAAGGCUACAAAGUAUGUGGAGAGGCCAGCAGCGUGUGUGGAACCAUCACUAUAAACAAGAGAAAGUUUGAGGAAAUGAACAGCGAGUUGGAGGAGAACACAGAGCUAGCAGAAAAUCGCCUCAUCGAGCUGCAGAAGCUCCAGCAGGACUUGCAAAAUGUUCAGCAGGAAAACAACAGCAUGAAGACAGAGCUGCUGAAUCGAGCUGAGGGUCUGGUCAAAGAGUCCGCAGAGUAUCGCUGUCUACAGUCCCAGUUCUCUGUCCUCUACAACGAGUCUCUGACCCUCAAGGCCCAGUUGGAUGAAACACGGGCUCGCCUCAACACUACCAGGACGGCGCGCCUCAGACAGCUGGAGCACAUGGAGAACGACGAGGUGGCUCUGCAGAGGAAGGUCCGUACUGAAGUGUUCCAGCUGGAGGACACCUUGGCUCAGGUGAAGAAGGAGUACGAGAUGCUGCGCAUUGAAUUCGAACAGACUCUAGCAGCUAAUGAGCAAGCAGGUCCCAUUAAUAGAGAGAUGCGUCACCUUAUAAGCACGCUGCAAACACACAACCAACAGCUGAAAGGAGAAGUGGUGAAGUACAAGUUGAGGUUGAGGGAGACCCAAGCUGAGCUCCACCAGAUUCGUGCGUCGAAGGGCAGCAUCAUUCUCCAGUCGCAAUCGAGCACAGAGAUGGACGUGAAGGAUGAGAUGGCCUCUCCUUCAACCCCGGUUGUUUCUGGAGAACCUGUGGUCAAAACAGACCCGGACAACGGCUCGUCCACACCCAGCAGCGCCGGAGUUUCAGUUAAAACGGAGCCCAGCUUUGAACUGGACACAAACAUAAAAGAAGAGGAAAAAGACGAGAAAAAGGAGAAGGAAGAAAAGAAAGAAAAAGACAUUAUAAAGAAAGAGGAAAAAGAGCGGGAGAGAGAAAAGGAGAGGGAAAAGGAGAGAGAUAGGCCGACCAGGAGCAGCGGCGGGAUUAAGGAGGAGAGGGAGAGGCCCGGGGUCAGCAGCCAGCAGGAUGAACCGACCGGAGAUCGGCUCACCAUGAUCGGAGGCUCAAAGAGGAAAGAGAUGGAGCAGCUGAAAAUCGUCCGAGCGGAACUAAAAAAAGCCCAAGAGUCUCAGAGAGAGAUGAAACUUCUGUUGGACAUGUACCGAUCAGCACCCAAGGAGCAGAGAGACAAAGUUCAGCUGAUGGCUGCUGAGAAAAAGACCAAGUCAGAGGCAGAGGAACUCCGACAGAGGCUGCGGGAGCUGGAGGAGAGAGAGCGAAGGGAGGGCAAGAAGAUGGCUGACGAAGAAGCUCUGAGAAAGAUCCGUUCAGUAGAAGAACAGAUAGACAUCCUCAACAAGAAGCUGUCCAUUGCCAAACAGGAGGAAGACGCGCUGCUGAGCGAGAUGGACGUGACGGGCCAAGCCUUCGAGGACAUGCAGGAACAAAAUAUUCGCCUCAUGCAGCAGCUCAGAGAAAAGGACGACGCGAACUUCAAGCUGAUGAGCGAGCGGAUCAAGUCCAACCAGAUCCACAAGCUUCUAAAGGAGGAAAAGGAAGAACUUGCUGACCAACUCCUUACCUUAAAAACACAGGUGGACGCACAGCUGCAGGUAGUUAGGAAGCUAGAGGAGAAGGAGCGCCUCCUGCAGGGGACUAUAAGCACUGCAGAGAGAGAGCUGGGACUUCGUACACAAGCUUUGGACAUGAACAAACGAAAGGCUCAGGAGUCUGCGCUGCUGUCUGAGGAGCUGCGGGCUCAGCUGGAGCAGGUUCAGCAGAAGCUGAAACUGGUCCGAGAGGAGGUGGUUGAGAACAGCAUCUCCAGGGAGAAAGAGUCCUUCAAUGCUCGCAGAGCACAGGAGGACAUUUCCAAGCUUAGGAGAAAAAUUGAGAAGGCAAAGAAACCAGCUGAGAAGAUCAGCAAUGGAGAUGAGAUCCUGAACGAGGAAAUUAACGAGUACAAGGCUCGACUCACGUGCCCAUGCUGCAACUCCCGGGUGAAGGACGCUGUCUUGACGAAAUGCUUCCACGUCUUCUGCUUCGAGUGUGUCAAAACGCGCUACGACACUCGGCAGAGGAAGUGCCCCAAGUGCAACGCCGCAUUUGGAGCGAAUGACUUCCAUCGCAUUUACAUCGGCUAAGUCUCUGCCUGAAGCGCUGGAAUCACAUGGUCCACCCUUUCAUAGGAGGAUUUCCGCUGUGCUCUAAAUAGAAGACUUUAUUAAAAGGUUGUUUUUUUUUUUACACAAUGAAACAUUCCCAUCUAGUAUCCACUACUACACUGAUGUUCUCUGGUGCAGAAGGAAUGAUUUUAUACUGAGUGAUUGUUGCGUGUUUGUGUUUGCAUAUAAAAACAAGCUAUGAAAACAAUAGACAAAGCCCUGCAGUGAAAAAAAAAACAUUUCUGUUAGUAUUUCAGGUGUUUAUAUUAAGUGUUAAUUGAAAAUGUGAUCGUUUUUGCUUUUUAAUUACAAAUUAUCUUUUUUUGCUUCCAAAUCCUGUCAUAUCUCAUUAGUUGUGCUGUAUUUGAUGUUCAGUUAGUUAUUAAACUGAUAUCAAAUAUG